AUGGAUUACAGUGUGGAAUCUAACCUGCACGAGUUGAUUACUUCGACUACUCACAAAUGGAUUUUCGUGGGUGGUAAAGGUGGUGUUGGUAAAACGACCUCUUCGUGUUCGAUUUCGAUUCAAAUGGCCCUGGCUCAGCCCACCAAGCAGUUCCUGCUGAUUUCUACGGAUCCAGCUCACAAUCUGAGCGAUGCUUUUGGAGAAAAGUUUGGCAAAGAAGCUAGGAAAGUCACUGGGAUGAAUAACUUAUCAUGUAUGGAAAUUGAUCCUUCUGCUGCACUCAAAGAUAUGAACGAUAUGGCUGUGGCCCAAAAUGGAGGUAACGAAGGCCUUGGCGACCUGCUACAAGGUGGCGCUCUUGCUGAUAUUACGGGCUCGAUUCCUGGUAUUGACGAGGCUUUGUCGUUCAUGGAGGUCAUGAAACACAUCAAAAGACAAGAAGAAGGAGAGGGCGAAAAGUACGACACUGUUAUUUUUGAUACUGCUCCUACCGGUCAUACUUUGCGGUUUUUGCAAUUACCUCAAACAUUGUCGCAACUCCUAGACAAGUUUGGUGAGAUUGCGGGAAAAUUUGGUCCCAUGCUCAAUUCGUUCACUGGAGGUUCUCAGAACAUGGAUAUCAUGGGGAAAAUGAAUGAGCUGAAAUCUAAUGUCGAGAAAAUCAAACAACAAUUCUCGGACCCAGACUUGACCACUUUUGUGUGUGUUUGUAUCAGUGAAUUUUUGUCUCUUUAUGAGACCGAGCGUUUGAUUCAGGAACUGAUGUCUUACGAUAUGGAUGUAAACUCGAUUAUCGUAAAUCAACUAUUAUUUGCCGAGGACGAUAGCGAACACAACUGCAGGCGUUGUCAAUCUCGUUGGAAAAUGCAAAAGAAGUACUUGGAUCAAAUUGACGAGCUCUACGAAGAUUUCCAUGUAGUCACAAUGCCUUUGUGCGCUGGUGAAAUAAGAGGUUUGAACAACUUGAAGAAGUUUUCAAAAUUCUUAGACACUGGUUAUGACCCUAAGAAAGACAACAAAGUCAUUUACGAGUUAGAAGAGCAAAAAUGA